AUGCGUUUUUCAUUCAUUACCUUUGCUACUUGCGCUCUUGCUGCCGCGCCCUUCUUGGACGAACCUGAUACUGGCAUUGACCAGCAACUCGCUGCCUUCGUCGCUAAUAAGACUGUCCCUCCUCUCAAGUCCCUUGUUGGACUGCCCGAUUUCCAAUGGGUCGGUCGUAACUUCAUGAACGUCUCGUCCUACACAUACUACCGCAACGGUGCUGCUGGCGAGUGGUCUUACCGCAACAACCUUGAAGUCUUUGCUCGCUUCCGACUUCGCCCACGUGUUCUACGAGACAUCACCAACGUUGCAGCCUCCAUCCCAACAACCAUCCUUGGCUACAACUUCUCAGCUCCCUUCUUCAUUUCCCCAUGUGCUCGUGGUGGAUAUGCCAACGCUGAAGGUGAGGUCGGUCUUGUCCAGGGUGCCGCUAAGGCCAACAUCCUCUACAUGCCCUCGCUCUUCUCAUCAAAGACCAUGGACGAAAUCUACGCUGCUCGCCCCAAUGGCUCUGAGCAGGUUCUCUUCCAGCAGGUUUACUUGACCGAAGACAUGUCAGCCACCACCAAGCUGUUCAAGAAGAUUGAGAAGAUGGGCGCCAAGGCUAUCGUCCUUACCAUCGAUUCCCCUGGUGACGGUAUCAGGCACCGUGCUGCACGCUACAGUGUCGGAUCCGCAGAUUCGUCCCUCAGCCUUCUCACCUGGGACCUUUACCACAAACUCACCAACCUCACCUCUCUUCCCAUCAUCCCCAAGGGUAUCCAGACCGUUGAGGAUGCUGAGGAGGCCGUCAAGAACGGUGUCAAGGCUAUCUUCCUUUCCAAUCACGGCGGCCGUCAAGUCGACUCUUCGCCCUCUUCUCUCCAAGUCGCGCUCGAGAUCUACAAGAAGGACCCUUCAAUCUUCAACAAGCUCGAGGUCUACGCUGACGGUGGUGUCCGCUACGGCACUGACAUCCUGAAGCUCCUUGCUCUCGGUGUAAAGGCCGUCGGUGUUGGCAGGCCUUUCAUGUUCGCCAACAUCUACGGAGCUGAGGGUGUUGCCAAAGCUGCUGAGAUGCUCAGGUACGAGCUUCUCAACGAUGCCGCCAACACCGGUAUCGCUGACAUCAAGAAGAUCGGCCCCGAGUUCGUUAACUGGAAGGCUUCCAGCAACUGGGUCGGCAAUGACGAGCUCUAG